AUGCCGUCCUUCUUCGCCCCUGGCCUGCAUGGCCUUCCUCCUACGCCGCCUCACCUCCACGGAAGCAGCAGGAUGGAGCAUGACCAGCCCUACUACCUCACCGGACAGUCGGCCUUUCCUCCGCGGUACUCCCAGACUGGCUGUGAAUUCAUCGAGCAAUACUCCCAGGCGACCUGCUUCGUCAAGCCCGCCCCGGUGAACAUGCACGCCCAGCAUAUGCCGCAGAUGCGAAAUGGACGGGACCUGCCUACCCAGCAGCCCUUGGCCCAAUCCCAAUUGAGUGUCUCCCAGGCGAUGUUUGGCCCCAUGACCUCCGCUCCCGUGUUGCCCCCGAUCAGGUCCAAUGUGCAGCUCCCCCCCAUGGACAGUGCGAUCCCGCCCCAGUACCGUCGUCAGGACAUGGUCGUGCAGCCCGAGCAGCAGCCUCCCAAGGAGGAGAAGGCGACCGGAGGUGUCGCUGCCUAUCUCGACUACGAGAUGGACCAGAUGUCGGACUUCGUGGCAGAAAUGGCCCAGGGAAUGUAUGCUUUGUACAUCACCAAGAUCAACCUUGCAGAUAUUGACUUCGCUCGAAGCGUCUACCCAGGAACGCCAGUGCCGCCGCAGUUCCGGAAAUACGUGCACCAGAUCUUGUCUUCUACCCGCCUCCCAAGUUCCACCAUUCUGCUGGGUCUGUUCUACCUCGCGACCAGGAUGCGCAUGCUCUCGGCGGCGGGCGUCUACCUGACCGGCAGUGGUCAAGUGUACCGGAUGCUGACGACCGCCCUCCUUCUGGGAAGUAAAUUCCUCGACGACAACACCUUCCAGAAUCGGUCCUGGGCCGAGGUCAGCAACAUCCCCGUCGCGGAGCUGAAUUCCAUGGAACUGGACUGGCUCUUCGCCUUUGAGUGGAAGAUCCACGAGCGCAUCCACAACCCGCAGGAUGGUUUUGCGGUGUGGUUGUCCCACUGGGAAAACUAUCGCGCCAAAAUGGCCGGCAGAGGCAAUGAGGCCCGCCAGAAACUGGCUCCGCUCGACACCAACAUUGCCAGGCAGCACGCGGUGCCCAAGCCUCUCCUGUCCCCCAGAGGGUCCUAUCCCGCCGCAGUAUCAGCGGAGUGCCUCGUACGAGAACGCAUGGCUGAAUCCCGCCGCGUCCGAGUAUUCUCCCCCAUCGGCACCCCCCAGUGGUCCCAACACGCCCGACUACUACAACGCCGGACCCUGGGUGUACGCGAAUCCCCCGCCGCCCUACACUCGUGCAUGGAUGCCACCUCAGCAGCAGUACAUGCCGCAGCCGCAGCCACGGUCGCAACCGCCGUCCUACCGGCAGACGCCGUCCUACUCGCUGCCUUAUACCCAGAGCGUGUGGACGGG